AUGUUUCCUCAACAAAAUAUAACUGGAUUUAGUACUGACACUAACCAAUUUAAUGUUCCAAAAAAUCCAAUUUCACCUGAAACUACUCUUUUGUUUCAAAAUUCUAGAGUGUCACUACAAACUACUUUACCAAUACAAGGAAGUCAAACAUUAGUUCUGGAAAAAGAGCCAACAGAAAUAUCAUUACUUCAUUCAUAUGAUUCUAUAGGAACAUUACAAUCAAGAAACGCUUUAAUUAGUGAUAAAGAAGUUACGGAUUAUAUUAGAAGAGGAGAAGUUGUUGGAGAAGGGACAUUUGGAAAAGUUUAUCAAUCAUCAAUAUCAACUCAUGAAAAGAAUUGUAAAUAUCAACGAGUUGCUAUUAAAGUAUUAAAACAACAAAACUUAAGUAAAGAAGAAAUGAAUCAGUUUAUGAUGGAAAUGAGUAUUUUGAGUCAAUUAGAACAUCCAAAUAUUGUUGCUUUUUAUAAGGCAUGUAUUGAUGUUCCUUUUAUGUCUAUUUUAACUGAAUAUAUUUCAAAUGGUACAUUAACUAUGUACCUUGAUAAAUGUCCUAUUUCAUUAUUAAAUGGAUUAUCUAUAAUGAAACAAAUUGCAGAAGGAAUGAGAUAUCUUCAUGAACAUAUUCCAGUAAUUUUACAUCUUGACCUAAAGUCAGACAAUAUUCUUGUUGGUGAAAAUGGAAGUAUUAAAAUUAGUGAUUUUGGUCUUUCUUUCUUUGUUUCAGAUAAUGAAGUAGGACAUAAAACAAGUCGUUUAAUAAGAGGAACUCCAGGUUAUUGUUCACCAGAAAGUAUAGAUGUUUCUUUAUUUAAUAGACUUCCAGUUGAUAAAAAGAAAAAGUCAGAUGUAUUUUCUUUUGGAAUUGUAUUUUGGGAAGUUAUUCAUGUAGUUUAUUGUAAACAUUAUAAUCGUCCUUAUUAUGAAUUUCCAAAUCUUCUUCAACAACCAUUUGCUUUAAUGAAUCAAGUCUCUUCUGACAAAAUUAUAUUAAGACCAAAAAUACCAGUUCAAUGUGAUAGUGAUGUUGCUACUUUAAUUUCUAUGUGUUUUGCUCAUCAUUAUGACUCAAGACCAGAUUUUAAUGAUAUUUUAGAAAUAUUAAAUGAUUAUACAAAGAUUCUUCAAGUUAAUGAAACACCAUUAAUUAAACAGUCAAUGGAAUCAAUGACUCCUAUGAAUAAAUUAAAUUUUGUAAAAAAUCAAAAUGAAACAAGUGAAUUAAGACACUUAAAAUUAAUGGAAAGUGAAUUUCUUCAUGAAGGAAAGGUAUAUGUACUAAGAGAGUUUAGGUGUUGUUUUAUAUUAUAUUAUGGUGAUUCAACUAUAGUUUCAAAAAGGACAGGGUCAAUUAAAAUAUCAUCAGAAAGUAAUUUUCAAUUAACCUUAAGAUUUAAGUUUAAAAAUGAUAACAAUAUCAUUAGAAUAGAAGUACCUUGGAUGUGUUUUAAAAACCUUGGAUGUGUAAAUGAAAAUAAUGAAUGGAUAGGUAUCUUACAAUUAAUUACUUAUCCAAAAUGGUCAAUUAACGGUAUUUCUACUGAAAGACAUGAUAUUUUUGAUCAAUUUUCAGUAAAUUUUUAUACUUUAGAAAAUUUACAACAAUUCAUCUCUUCUUUAAAAAAAAUUUCUUUAAAAACAAAAAAUCCAGGAAAACAUAUGUUAAUGGUUUUAUCAAAAUCUAAAGAUAUUUCUUUUACAAGAGUAAAACCAACUGAUUGUAGAAGAAGACUCUUUCAAGAUGAUUGA